AUGCCCAAUAAUGUAAAGCAAUCGUCUGUUGAGAGUUUGAUACAAAACAAGUCUGGUUUGCUUGAGGACCUCAGGUCGUUCAGUCUCUCGCUCUCCUCCUCUUUCUCUUUCCAUAUCUCUCUCUCUCUUUCUCUCUCUCUUUUUCUCUCUAUCUCUCUCUCUUUCUUUCUCUCUCUAGAUCUAUAUGCACUCAUCUUCCAUUGUCAUUCUUAUCUAUCUAUCUAUCUAUCUAUCUAUCUAUCUAUCUAUCUAUCUGUCUGUCUGUCUGUCUGUCCGUUUCUAAAAUUGAAACGCCGAUUGCAGCUUCCCAGCAGCAUUGCUUGCAAAUCUGCUUUUUCUUUUGGAUGUCUUUCUUUUCCUACUAAAUCCUCUAUUAUUUCUAGUUCCCUACCUAUUCCAAACGACCUACUUCCUUCCUUCCUUCCUUCCUUCCUUCCUUCCUUCCUUCCUCUUUCUCUCUCUCUCUCUCUCUCUCUCUCUCUCUCUCUCUCUCUCUCUUGUCUAUAUUACUCAUUUUCUUUUCCUACUUCCCUCUUUCAUGUUCGAAUGUUUGUUUUUGACCUCUGGCGUAAAUUUCCCGAUUUUCUUUUUUUUUUAUUUUGGUGUGAAGAUGUCAUGGGAAGUUAUUUUCUCUCAAUUUUCUUUUUCACUUUCUCCUCCUUUCUCUCUAUUUCACUCUCUCACUAUCUAUCUAUCUAUCUAUCUAUCUAUCUAUCUAUCUAUCUAUCUAUCUAUGUGCAUUGGCCUCAUUUGCCUUUCUAUCAUUUCAUCGUUCUUUCUCAUUUUAUGUGCUUGUUUUGCAGUUACAUCUCUCUCAGUUUCUUUCUUCUCUCUUUCUCUAUCUCACUUUUCUUACCUCUUUCUUUCAUUUUAUCUCUUUUUCUGUCAUUCUCUUUUGUAUUUCUAUCCUUUUUUUCUCUUUCUCUAUCAUUAUGA